GCCCGGCGCAUUGUUGGCCCUCGGCGCGGGCCUGCGCCUCGCUGGGCUCCGGCCCGGGUCUCGGGGACAGGGGUGGAAGAUGUCUAUGGAUGUGACAUUUCUGGGGACAGGUGCAGCAUACCCAUCCCCAACCAGGGGUGCCUCUGCUGUGGUCCUCCGGUGUGAGGGCGAGUGCUGGCUCUUCGACUGUGGGGAGGGAACACAGACACAGCUUAUGAAAAGCCAACUUAAAGCAGGGAGGAUUACCAAGAUCUUCAUCACGCAUCUCCAUGGAGACCACAUCUUCGGCCUUCCAGGCCUUCUGUGCACAAUCAGCCUGCAGAGCAGCUGCACGGUCCCCAGGCAGCCCAUUGAGAUUUUUGGCCCUGUAGGGCUGCGGGACUUUAUCUGGCGAACCAUGGAGCUCUCCCACACGGAGCUGGUGUUCCCGUAUGUGGUUCAUGAGCUGGUGCCUACGGUGGAUCAGUGUCCGACAGAAGCACUGAAAGAGCUGGCGCAGGUGGACCAAGCAGACGGCCCUCCCAAGGAGGGCCGAGGAAGGACCAUCCUCUUGGACCCUGAGGAAGACUCGUACCUUCUGGUUGACGACGAACAGUUUGUUGUCAAAGCGUUUCGCCUCUUUCACAGGAUUCCUGCCUUUGGGUUUUCAGUUAUGGAAAAGAAGCGCCCAGGUAAACUCAAUGCACAGAAACUGAAAGACCUUGGUGUUCCGCCAGGUCCUGCCUAUGGAAAGCUGAAAAAUGGAAUUUCUAUUGUUCUGGAAAAUGGAGUUACAAUUUCUCCCCAAGAUGUCCUCAAAACGCCUGUCAGCGGGAGAAAAAUCUGUAUAUUGGGUGACUGUUCUGGGGUGGUGGGUGAUGGGGGUGUGAAGCUGUGCUUUGAGGCCGACCUGUUGAUCCACGAGGCCACCCUGGACGAUGCCCAGAUGGACAAAGCAAAGGAGCACGGCCACAGCACACCUUGGAUGGCAGCAACGUUUGCCAAGCUGUGCCAUGCAAAGCGGCUGGUUCUGACUCACUUCAGUCAGAGGUACAAACCAGCUGCCUUGGCCAAAGAAGGAGAAGCAGAUGGCAUUGUAGAACUGAAAAAGCAAGCUGAAUCCGCGUCGGAUCUGCAGAAGGUGACUCUGGCAGAAGAUUUCAUGGUGAUCAGCGUUCCAAUGAAGAAAUGAAAGCAGUGUCCCCGAAUGCAUGUUGACAUGCGCGUGUGCGUUACGGAACCCACAGUCCAGUUUUUGCUUUUUGUCCGAAGUUCUUUGGGUCCUGAUAAUCCUGAAAAGGGUAGCGCAUUGCUGAAUUGACUCGGUCAUGACAGGGAGCAAGCUUUUUGAUAA